UCUAUAUUCUUCCCGCCGUUGCAUUUCUCAUUUCUCUUACACCCAAACCCAAUCCCCCCACCCCCCGGGGCGGCCCCUUUAAUAUCUUCCACUCUGUUUUUCUCUCUCGCCUUCAAAUUUCAAAUCAAGAAAUGGCCAAAAUCACCUCUCUUCGUCGGUUCCUCUUCCGCUGUUUCGCCCCCGCCGGUGCCGCCACCGCCACCACCACCGCCACAGCCAAGAAACGCCUCAGCACCUCCCUGAGAGACGACCUUCAAGACGACGUCGGUCCGCGCCACAAAAAAGAUCCACCGCCCCGUUACCACGACUCAUCCGAUACCGAUCUGUCGACCCCCUCCGAGGGCAGUGUCAGGAGCGUCGCCACCCGCGCGCCGCCCCGCUCCUCCAGGUCCAUGGUGGUCGGCACCAUCUUCGGCCUCCGUCGCGGCCACGUCUGGUUCUGCGUCCAGCACGAUCGCCUCAGCGCCCGACCCGCCCUCCUCCUGGAGCUAUCCAUGCCCGUUCACCUCCUCGUCAAAGAAAUGCAGUGCGGCCUCGUCCGGAUCGCCCUCGAGUGCGCCCGCUCCGACGUUGGGCCUUGCCCGCUCCGGUCCGUACCCCUCUGGACAGCCUACUGCAACGGUCGCCGGGUCGGGUCCGCGACCCGGAGGAAGACCACGGGUCAGACCCGGAUGAUGCUCAAGACCAUGCAGUCCAUCUCCGUUGGCGCCGGAGUCAUUCCGGCCGGGUUCGGGUCCGAAACCGGGUCGACAGAGGCGGGCGGCGAGAUAAUGUACAUGAGGGCCAAUUACGAGUGCGUGUUGGGGAGUGCUGACUCGGAGUCAUUUCACCUGAUCAACCCAGAGGGGUGCCCGGGUCAAGAACUCGGCGUUUUCUUGCUCAGGACUCGGUGAGGUAGCAGGGGGGUUUUCGGGUAAAUAGAGGUUUAUUUAAGGACUUUGUUGUCAUUUUACCAGAAAAUUAGGGUUUUCUGUUUGGGGGUUGCUUUUGAAAUGGGGCUUGAAAACAAAACGUUUUCUUGCUUUGGAGAUCAGUUCUUGAUCUACUUUUAAUUUAUUUUUAUCCUUUUUUUUUUUCCCUUUUUUUUUGACAAUUUUGGGGGGAUUGAAAUACAACUAAUUCUUAGAAAUUUGUUGUUCUUUUCAAUACAACUAAUUGCAAUGUUGUUUUUUCACCAC